AUGCGUCAUGAUUUUAUUAGUGGCCAACGAUAUAUUAAAGAUUUAUCCUUAAUAGGAAUUCCCUCAACAAUAGGACGUGUUCGUUUAUUUUUGAUAACAUUAAAAGCAGUAAGUUCAAGUUCAAUAAUUGACAUAUGUCAUCUUAAAUUAAGAUGGACAGAUUCUGAAUUUUGGAAUGAUGGUUUUGAUAAUAGUAAUAGAAAAUACCAUAUUAUAUGCGAAGUUUAUUAUAACAUAGAAAAUAAUUUCAAAAAAGUAAAAUUUCUAGAUUUUUAUGUUAAUGAUGAAUUCACAGGUUAUGAUGAAAAAUUUCAACCUGAUGCUAGUCAUGCUUAUGCUGUCAUUUGUGGUGUUCAAGCAAUUAAUUCAAAAGGAUUAGCUGGUAAAUGGAAAGAUUCAAAGAUGAUAAGAAUUAAAAGAGCUACUUUAUAA